AUGGAUGGGGAUCACAACACUGUUUCCAUGGUUAGCAAAAAGAAGAAGAACAACAACAAUGGCUCUAUGAGGUCCAUUUUCAUGCAUGCUGAUGGCCUAGACUGGUUUUUCAUGGUUUUAGGUGUCAUUGGGGCCAUUGGUGAUGGCAUAGGUACCCCUUUGGUGUUGUAUGUCACUAGCCAUAUUAUGAACAAUUUAGGCACUUUUUCUAGCAAUGGAGGAAACACUUUUAUCCAUGACAUCAAUAAGAAUGCACUGACUUUGGUAUAUAUGGCUUGUGGGUCUUUUGUUGCUUGCUUCCUUGAAGGUUAUUGUUGGACAAGAACAGGUGAAAGACAAGCUACGAGAAUGAGAGCAAGGUACUUAAAAGCAGUGCUGAGACAAGAAGUUGCAUACUUUGAUUUGCAUGUCACAAGCACUUCCGAGGUCAUCAUCAGUGUCUCUAGUGACAGCCUCGUAAUUCAAGAUGUUCUUAGUGAAAAGGUUCCAAAUUUUUUGAUGAAUGCCUCUAUGUUUGUUGGGAGCUACAUAGUGGCUUUUGCAUUAUUAUGGAGAUUUGCCAUAGUGGGGUUCCCUUUUGUGGUUCUACUUGUGAUCCCUGGUUUAAUUUAUGGAAGGACUUUGAUGGGGUUGGCUAGAAAGAUCAGUAAAGAGUAUAAUCAAGCUGGUACAAUAGCAGAACAAGCAAUAUCUUCCAUCAGAACUGUGUAUUCCUUUGUUGGGGAAAGCAAGACCAUAGUUGCUUUCUCUGAUGCUCUUGAAGGUUCAGUUAAGUUGGGAUUGAAACAAGGCUUAGCUAAAGGCUUAGCCAUUGGAAGCAAUGGUGUUGUCUUUGCCAUCUGGUCUUUCAUGUCCUAUUAUGGUAGUAAAUUGGUCAUGUACCAUGGUGCUAAAGGUGGAACUGUAUUUGCAGUUGGAGCAUCCAUAGCACUUGGUGGAUUAGCAUUAGGUGCUGGUUUAUCCAAUGUGAAGUACUUUUCAGAGGCUAGUACUGCAGGAGAACGCAUAAUGGAAGUGAUAAAAAGGGUUCCUAAGAUUGAUUCCGAGAACAUGGCUGGGGAGAUUCUGGAGAAUGUUUCAGGGGAAGUGGAAUUUUAUAAUGUUGAAUUUGUGUACCCUUCAAGGCCAGAUAGCAUUAUAUUGAAAGAUUUUUGCCUUAAGGUUCCAGCAGGGAAGACAGUGGCCUUAGUUGGAGGGAGUGGCUCAGGAAAAUCAACUGUGGUAUCACUUUUGCAGAGAUUUUAUGACCCAAUUGGGGGAGAGAUACGUGUUGAUGGGGUAGCUAUUCAAAGGUUGCAACUCAAAUGGCUGAGGUCUCAGAUGGGUUUGGUUAGCCAAGAACCUGCACUGUUUGCAACCAGCAUUAAGGAGAACAUACUAUUUGGAAAAGAGGAUGCUACAGAGGAAGAGGUUGUGGAAGCUGCCAAAGCUUCCAAUGCUCAUAAUUUCAUUUCACAGUUACCACAAGGAUAUGAUACUCAGGUAGGGGAGAGAGGAGUUCAAAUGUCAGGGGGACAAAAACAAAGGAUUGCUAUUGCAAGAGCAAUAAUAAAAAAACCAAGAAUUCUUCUACUAGAUGAAGCAACAAGUGCACUAGAUUCUGAAUCAGAACGAGUUGUUCAAGAAGCUUUAGACAAAGCAGCAGUGGGACGCACCACUAUCAUCAUUGCUCACAGAUUAUCCACCAUAAGAAACGCAGAUGUCAUAGCUGUCGUUCAGAGUGGGAAGAUCAUGGAAAUGGGGUCACACCACCAACUCAUCCAAAACGACAAUGGACUUUACACCUCACUAGUUCAUCUCCAACAAACAGAUAAAACAAACAAUGAACAAGACGACACUAACGUUUUCUCUCAUCCUAAUUCAUCAAUAACAUCAAACCGGGACAUUAUUCAAAACACAAGUAGUCGUAGACUUUCCCUCUUGAGUCGUUCUAGCUCUGCAAACUCUGUUGCUCGUGCUUCAUUUGGUGCUGCUGCUGGUGGUGAUGAUGUUGUUGAAGAGGUUGUAUCAGAAGAUAUGAAGCUACCUAUUCCCUCGUUUCGAAGGUUGUUAGCAUUGAACAUCCCUGAGUGGAAGCAAGCAUGUUUAGGAUGUUUGAAUGCGGUUUUGUUUGGUGCUGUUCAGCCUGUGUAUGCAUUUGCAAUGGGGUCAGUGAUAUCUGUUUAUUUUCUCACAGAUCAUGAUGAGAUCAAGAAGAAGACAAUGAUUUACUCGCUUAGUUUUUUGGGGUUGGCUAUUUUCUCGUUUGUUGUUAAUAUCCUUCAGCAUUAUAGUUUUGCUUACAUGGGUGAGCACUUGACCAAAAGGAUCAGAGAGAGAAUGCUUUCCAAGAUACUCACUUUUGAAGUUGGGUGGUUCGAUCAGGACCAAAAUUCCAGUGGUGCUGUUUGCUCUAGGCUUGCCAAAGAAGCCAAUGUGGUAAGGUCUUUAGUGGGGGACAGAAUGGCUCUAGUGGUACAAACUAUAUCAGCUGUGGUAAUAGCCUUCACUAUGGGCCUAGUCAUUGCAUGGAGGCUUGCCCUUGUUAUGAUAGCCGUGCAACCCGUUAUCAUAGCAUGCUUUUACACAAGACGUGUCCUUCUUAAGAGCAUGUCAAGUAAGGCCAUGAAGGCCCAAGACGAAAGCAGCAAGAUAGCUGCUGAAGCUGUUUCCAACCUUAGAACCAUCACUGCCUUUUCUUCCCAAGACAGGAUCCUCAAAAUACUAGAAAAAGCCCAAGAAGGCCCAAGACGUGAAAGCAUUAGACAAUCAUGGUUUGCUGGAAUUGGGCUUGCGUGUUCACAAAGUCUCACAUUUUGCACCUGGGCUUUAGAUUUUUGGUAUGGUGGUAAGCUUGUGUUUCAUGGGUACAUCAAAGCCAAAGCACUAUUUGAGACUUUCAUGAUCUUGGUGAGCACGGGUAGGGUCAUUGCAGAUGCUGGUAGCAUGACCAAUGACCUUUCUAAAGGAUCAGAUGCUGUGGGCUCAGUUUUUGCAAUUCUAGAUAGGUACACAAAAAUUGAGCCUCAUGAUAUAGAUGGGUACAAGCCUGAAAAGUUAACAGGCAAGAUAGAACUCCAUGAUGUUCAUUUUGCAUACCCUGCUAGGCCCAAUGUAAUGAUCUUCCAAGGCUUCUCAAUCAAAAUUGAUGCAGGCAAAUCAACUGCAUUGGUGGGACAAAGUGGUUCUGGCAAAUCAACAAUCAUAGGCUUAAUAGAGAGGUUCUAUGACCCACUUAAAGGGAAAGUGACCAUAGAUGGUAGAGACAUAAAAUCAUAUCACCUUAGGACACUGAGGGAGCACAUUGCACUUGUGAGCCAAGAGCCAACACUGUUUGGUGGGACCAUAAGGGAGAACAUUGCAUAUGGAGCAUCUAAUAAGGUUGAUGAAACUGAGAUCAUAGAGGCAGCAAGGGCAGCAAAUGCUCAUGAUUUCAUUGCUAGCUUAAAGGAAGGUUAUGACACAUUGUGUGGGGAUAGAGGAGUGCAAAUUUCUGGGGGUCAGAAGCAAAGGAUUGCAAUAGCUAGAGCCAUAUUGAAGAAUCCAGAGGUGUUGUUGCUGGAUGAAGCAACAAGUGCCCUUGAUAGCCAGUCAGAGAAAUUGGUGCAAGAUGCUCUUGAAAGGGUUAUGGUAGGAAGGACUAGUGUUGUGGUGGCUCACAGGUUGAGCACCAUACAAAACUGUGAUCUCAUUACUGUGUUAGAUAAGGGAAGGGUGGUGGAGAAAGGGACCCACUCUUCUUUGUUGGCUAAGGGACCUAGUGGAGCUUAUUACUCUUUGGUAAGUCUGCAAAGAAGACCAACCAUCACUAGUGCUGACUCUGCACAUGAAAUCAGCUAACCAA